AUGGAUCCCCUCACCAUUACCAGCACCGUCAUUGCCAUUUCAGCUCGAUGCGUUCGCACCGCUCGCGCACUAUAUGACCUCCGCGGAAAGUACCGGGAUGCUUCCAUGACCAUCACGGCUAUCUACUCUGAAUCCACAGUCAUCUCAACCUCCCUUGCCCAUAUCCAAGGCCUCUGUACUAGGAACCCAGAUGCGUUGCGAUCGACGCUACUAGAGCGCCCCGAGUUGGAAGCCACUUUUGACCAGGCGCUAACGGGCUGCGUUCUGGUCUAUUCGGUCCUGGAUGACGAGGUCCAGCGACUGUACGUCGCUAUUGAAAAAGACGGGUUGGCUGGAUCCAUGGGGAGGAUCAAGCUGAUCUGGAAGGAGGAUGCGAUGCGGGAUGUGCUAGUCCAAAUACGAGGGCAGCAGGCCGCAUUAGGGUUGUUGAUCCAAGCGCUUCAGAUGGGUUCUAUCCAUGAUAUUCGGAUACUGCUAGAGAACAACACCACCGUCUUGCAGAGCGUUGCCCAUCAAACCACCAGGUUCCGCCACGCCAACCCCCGCGUCAAAGCCCCCGGCUCCGUUUUUGAGCUCGAGAUAGACGAUGUUGCGAGUCUGUACUCCGUGGACUCGGUAGCUACUUCCACGAACUUCGCCUUUGAUGAUCUCGUCGUAAACUCGCAAGCUUAUCGAAGAGCCCUCGCGCAAUCGAGGGGCAGCGUGAAUCUGGCUCCUGUACAAGAACAGUCGGAGAAUGGAUCAGACGCCGAUACAAUAGUCGAAACACCGAAACCGGAGCACGGGAUGACACACGAGGAAGUACAGCACCUGCUGAAUGAACACGAAGUACUGAAACAGAAGUACCAACUGGUCAAGCGAUAUUUCUUUGAGCAGCAGUCAGAGAUGCAUCAACUGCAGGCCACUGUGGCGAACCUCCAAAAUAAAAUCGAAACUCUUGAAAACGAGAAGGAAAAAGAGAAGGAAAGGUCUGCGGUCGAAAGAGAUCGCUUACUCGCCGAGAAAGACGAAAUCGAGAAAUCAAGGGACUUCCUCGAGGAGGAAAAUCGGCGACAUACCGACUUCUUCCGCCAGAGCGAGGAACGAAGAAAAGUCCUGUUUGCGCGCUAUGACCAGGACAACAAGCACAAAGCCGAGAGGCUACAGCAAUUGGAAGUGCAGAUUGCCAAAGAGAGAGAGAAACGUAUGCUUCUGGAAUCUGCCAACGCGGAUCUGUCCACGAAGUUUGACAAGCGUUGCAACGAUGUAGCAGCGCUCGAGGGGAAACUAGGCGCUUCCACACAGCAGCACGUGAAGAGUGAGAGUAAAAUUGAAGAACUGACCUCCAAUCUCGCGACCAAGGAGGCGGAGCUACAGCGGUACAAAGGGUUUGAGUCUAUCAUCGAGCAACUCAGGCUCCUCUCACCCGGCCUCCCAGCAAGUUCGCCUGCUCCGAAUACGCGGCCUUCUAGUGCCAGCCACAAUCCAUCGGCUCCAGUCUCCCCCGCUCCCAAGUCUACACCGAAGAUGCCUUCUCUCAUGGACUAG